AUGGCAUUCAAGUCUCUCUCAAGGCAUCUGAAGGUGCCAGAACAUGAGGAGCACAUUUCGAAUGUUUGGAUCAACGAUGACAUCCGACCUCUGCCUCCGCACAGGCGGACCUGGACACGUUGGGCCUUCAUAUCAUUCUGGGCAAUCAACCAGAUCGCUCUCUCUAACUGGCAGCUCGGUGGCUCUCUGGUAUCCACUGGCAUCUCCGUCUGGCAGGCAAUCGUUGCCAUCAUCGUUGGCAAGAUCAUCAUUGCAGCGGUAGCGAUCGCGAAUGGCUACGUCGGCGCUACCUGGCAUAUUGGCUUUUGUGUUGUGUCCCGAUAUGUAUGGGGCGUCAAAGGACAAUAUGUAGCGUUGAUACAGCGUAUCGUUCUGAGUCUGGUCUGGUUCGCCGUACAAUCUUGGACCGGUGGUCUCUGCGUUCAAAACGUACUUGCUGCCAUUUUCCCUAGUUUUCAGCACAUGAAGAACCACUUCCCUGCUAGUGCGAAUCUGGAUACGAAACAGUUCAUCGGCUGGGUGCUGUUCAAUGUCAUCAUGGCUCCCAUCAUAUACAUCAGGCCCGAGGGCAUGAAACAUAUUGUCUUGUGGAUGACUGUCGUUUCGGGUAUCACCUUGUUGUGCAUGACGAUCUGGGCGUUGUCUGCAGCUCAUGGGGCUGGUCCCUUGCUCAAUCAGGCAGCAUCAACGAAAACCAGUCAGGAACUCGGCUGGAACAUCACUCUGGGCGUCACUACCGUCAUUGGCAACAUCGCUGCCGGACUGGUCAACCAGAUGGACUAUUCUCGCUUUGCGCGACGUCCUGGCGAUCAAGUGUUUGGUCAAUGGAUUUCCAUCAUUGGACUGGGCAUCAUCAUGCCACUUUUCGGUUGCCUUACAUCUUCAGCUACGCAGAAGAUCUACGGAGAAGCGCUUUGGAAUCCUCCAGACAUUGUCCAGAAGUGGUUGAAUACCGACUACAACGCAAAGUCGCGCGCAGCUGCUUUCUUCGCUGGUUGCGGCUUGGUCACGUCGCAACUUGCAAUCAACACUAUCGACAAUGCCUUCUCGGCUGGCAUGGAUAUUGCUGGACUCUUCCCUAGCUACAUCAACAUCAGACGUGGAGCAUACAUUGGACUCGUCAUCAGUAUUGCUCUAUGCCCGUGGCAAUUACUAGCCUCCGCAUCAACUUUCAUCAGCGUCCUCUCUGCUUACAGUGUGUUCCUCGGACCCAUGACUGGAAUCAUGAUCUGUGACUACUGGGUAGUAAGAAGAAGAAAGCUAAAGCUCUCCGAUCUUUACCACGGCGGCAAAGAUGGCGUCUACUAUUUUUGGCAUGGUGUCAAUUGGCGAAGCUUCGUGGCCUGGGUUUGUGGUUGGAGCUAUCUCCUUCCUGGGCUCGUUCAUGCUGUCAAUCCUGGGAUCAAUGUUCCAGUUGCUUGCGCAAGACUUUACUACCUUGCCUUCCCGCUGGGCUUUGUGGUCAGCUUUGGCAUCUACUAUGGCCUGAAUCUCGUUUGCCCUCCUCAAGGCCUGGGAGUCAUCGACGAGGUUGACGAGUUCGAGACUUUCACGAUGGACGAAGCACAAAAGCUGGGAGUCCUUCCUCCAAUCAUCCAUGGUGACAUGCAGCAAAUCAGCAAUGAGCCUCGCAUCGAUGACGAACUUCAGAGGCCAGACGACAAGACUACCGUGGUCUGCAAGUAG